AUGGGGAUAGAAAUGGAUUCCGACAAACUUCCUGACCAGCUUCCAAGGUUCCAACUGGGCCCUUGCUUUUUGCAUUUCAACUUGGGUAAUUUCAACAUGGAGAUGACUAGAUCUCUAGAAAUAACGGUGACGUCAGCAAAAGGGCUUGAGAAAGUCUCUAAGAUGGAUGUUUUCGUGGCCGCGAAGUUAUCCGGCGAUCCCAAAUGUUCCGGGCAUAGCGAGCAGCGGACACAAGUGGCUAGAGACUGUGGAACAAGCCCCAGGUGGAUCGAUGGCGUCAUGAAAUUCACUAUCGACCAAACCUUAGCUGAGGCUAACCGGCUUGUGAUCACAUUCACGAUCAAAUGCGAGCAACGUGGAGGAGGUGAUAAAGACAUCGGCGUGGUUCACGUUCCGGUGAAAGAGCUUUUGGAUCAUCUCGGAAACGACAAGGCCGGUCAAAGAUACGUCACGUACAGAAUCAAGAAGACUAAUGGAAAACCAGGAGGUGAUAUCAGUUUCACUUAUUCCUUUACCGGUCCGGUGCCUGUUGCGAGCUAUGUUGGAUGCCCACGUUACAUUGCUCACGAGCCAGUGCGUCCCCCUGCAUCGAAGUGCCAGCCUGUUACGAACGGACCCGCGUUGAGUCAGUUGCUUCCAAGCGUUGGAUCGUUUAGCUAUGGUCACGGUCCUUCUCACCAGCCACCGGUUUAUCCACCACAGGCUCAGCCGGAGAUUCUGCCUCAGGCAUGUUUCCCUGGCUUGUAUCCACCUAGUGGCUAUCCGAUGAGUUACACACCGGAAAGCCCACCGUCAAUGUAUGCAUCUAUAUUUCCUGGCUUAUCAUGUCCACCUGAAGGCUAUCCUAAUGUGGCUCCGCCGCAGACACAACCGGCACCAUACCCACCGAUGAAUCCUUACAGAUUUUGACUGGUCAACUCUUCGGAACUUAUAAGGAAAUUUGUAGACAUUAACUUUUUUUUUCUUUUUCUAUUCAACUUCCUAUAUAUAUUUUUUCAAACAGAAAAAUAAAUUGUGUGCUUGUUGUUGAUUUUCUUUUUGCAAAAGAUUGUUGUUGGUUUUGUUAUUAUUGAA